ACCUAGUCCGCAUACAAAGAAAUUCAUCUCGUUUCUCACUUCCAAUAUGCGCCCAUUCUUUGAAGAUCACCACAUCCGUCGACCACUCUUAUCUCUUCCCGCUGAGGAACCCCUCAUUGUGAGAUGGAGAAGAUCCGCCCGUGACUUCCUGAAUUCUCGAUGGGGCCAUUACCUCGUUCUUCUGUUGGUCACGAUAGAUGUCUGUUGUAGCUUUUCAGAGUUUCUCAUCCAGUUGCACGUCUGCGAGUUGAAGCAGAAUGGUUAUAAGGUGGGCCAUGAAUGGGCAGUCAUUGAGGAGACCUUAGGUAUUGCUGGUCUGGUAAUUUCAUGCCUUUUCAUGGUUGAAUUGAUCGUGUCAACUCUGAGCUUUGGAAUGGGGUACUUUUCAACCUGGUUCCACGUUUUCGAUUCUAUAGUGAUACUUGUCGCCUUUAUCAUCCAAGUCUCACUUCGUGGGGUAGAAGAAGAAGUGGGCUCGCUUGUCAUCGUUUUGCGUCUGUGGCGGGUGUUCCAGAUUAUUGAGGAGUUGAAAUCUGCGAGUGAAGACACUAUGGAGCAAUACGAAGAGGAAAUCGAGAGGCUUCAGCAAGAAAACGCCAGUCUCCGACAGAGGUUAAAUUUGAAUCCAGGAGGAACCGAAGAUCUAGCAGGAGAUUUUUCCUAGUCAAGGCUAGGCUGUCACUUGAUUUCUUCCUUUAGAGUGGAUAGAUAACUUCGCAUUGAGACGGAGUGGUGUAUUCGUGUUCUAGGGUCUUUGACCCGUACUACUCCCCGAUCUGUCAAAUUUGAAAAUAAAA